CAGACUUUGAAUUAAGACACCAAAACCCCAUGCCAAAGUCAUAUACAUACACACUUCUGUGUGAAAAGUGUGUAUAUAUAAAUAAUCACAUCAUCACAAGUCUUUGCUUAAAACAUUUUAAACCUCUCUCUCUUUUCUCUCUACAAGUUCAUUUUCUUUCUCUAUCUAUCUCCUCUGUUUUUUUUGUUCCUCUGUUUUUUUCUUGCUCUGUUUCAAUGGAGGAACAAAACUGGAUAAGAGGACCAAUCAUAGGUCGAGGCUCAACAGCUACUGUCUCACUUGGAAUCACAAAUUCCGGUGACUUCUUCGCCGUCAAAUCCGCCGAGUUUUCUUCAUCGGCGUUUUUGCAGAGAGAACAAUCGAUUUUGUCGAAGUUGAGCUCUCCUUACAUAGUCAAGUACAUUGGUUCUAAUGUAACGAAGGAGAACGACAAGUUGAUGUAUAAUCUCUUAAUGGAGUAUGUUUCCGGUGGGAGUCUUCACGAUUUGAUCAAGAAUUCCGGCGGGAAGUUACCGGAGCCGUUGAUUAGAUCCUACACACGUCAGAUAUUGAAAGGUUUGAUGUAUCUUCAUGAUCAAGGAAUCGUUCAUUGCGAUGUGAAGAGCCAGAAUGUGAUGAUCGGAGGAGAGAUUGCGAAGAUCGUCGAUUUGGGUUGUGCUAAAACGGUGGAAGAGAAUGAGAACUUGGAAUUUUCCGGUACACCGGCGUUUAUGUCACCGGAGGUAGCACGUGGUGAAGAACAGAGUUUUCCAGCUGAUGUUUGGGCUUUGGGGUGUACGGUGAUAGAGAUGGCUACAGGGUCAAGUCCUUGGCCGGAGCUAAACGACGUCGUUGCUGCUAUUUAUAAGAUUGGUUUCACCGGCGAGUCGCCGGUGAUUCCGGUUUGGUUAUCGGAGAAAGGUCAAGACUUUUUGAGGAAGUGUUUGAGAAAAGAUCCGAAACAGAGAUGGACUGUUGAAGAAUUGCUUCAACAUCCGUUUCUCGACGAAGAAGACAACGACAGUGACCAAACUGGUAACUGUCUGAAUUCUUCAUCUCCUAGUACUGUGUUGGAUCAACGGUUUUGGGAUUUAUGUGAAACUUCGAGAAGUAGAUUCAUUAAAGAGGAUCACGAAGACCCAUUUGCAAAUUCUACAAAUUUCUUAUGGGAUGACGAUUCUUUACCGGGUGAUCGGAUCAAGAAACUCGCCGGAGACGAGAGUUCCGGUGAACCAGACUGGGAAACGAACGGUUGGAUUGAAGUAAGGGGAGAGAUAGAGAAACGUAACGAGGAAGAAGAUGAGAAUUGCGUUGAAGCAACGUCAUUGGAGGAGGACGAAGAAGAAGUGGGAGGAUUUGAGAAUUGGAUCUGGGAUCAACAAGACAGCUUGUUCUUGGAAUAUUCCCCUGAGGACAACAUUUAUUAUUUUUACUCUUAUUAUAACAUCUUUGAUGAAGAUAUAAUUCUAUAUUAUGAUCAUCUUGAAGAUUGUUUUGUACUAAAAUUUGAUGAUAAUAAUAAGAAGAUUUUUUUCUUUAGCCACAUUACAAAUUCUUGUUUUGAGAUUACUAAUUACAAUUGA